AUCUAAACUCUGAUACAAACAGAGAGCCAACACCACCUUUCUUCUUUUAUUAUUUUCCCUGACUAAUCUGGCUCCCCCACCACCAUUCUCUCCUCUUACAUCUCUUUUCUUUUCCCAUUAUUAAACAACAACUCUCUCUCUCUCUCUCUCUCUCUAGAACUCUCUCUCUCAUCAUUUUCUCUAGUGUUUUCAUUGUGUUUCACAAACAAGAAAAAAAAAAAAAAACACCAUAGUUUUGUUCAGACAGAGAAAGAUUAUUGGAUUUCUACAAAUUCUGUGGGACCUCUCAAUAAUAAAUGACCCACAACUUCACAACAUGAAAACCUCGAAACUCUUCGAUCUCGAACUGGGGCCCACCUCGGAAAACGAUUCCGAUUUCGGUACCCAAAUAGUGGAUUACUCUCCCAAGAAGAAUAACCCACACUCAUUAAUCCCCCUCAACUUAUCUCUAAGCUUCGAACCGAACCACCGCGAAGAGUCAUCAUCUCUAGGGUUUUCGAUAUCCAGCUCGAGCGAUAGCACCAACGAACCCGUGCACCCGGCUGCUACAGUUAUAGUCACAGCCACGCCGAGAUCAUUUUCGUGCAAUUUCUGUCACCGAAAAUUCUUCAGCUCGCAGGCGCUCGGGGGCCACCAAAACGCGCACAAACGGGAAAGAACACUUGCGAAACGGGCUUUGAGAAUGGGUGUAUACAGCACCGGUGCGGCGGCUUCUCUGCCUCCGCAUGGAUCGGGGCUCAAGUGCUUGGGAAUUAGGUCACACUCUUCGGUGCACCGAGGAUUCGCGCCUCCGAUUAUGUCGCCAGAAAUUAGUGCAAGAUUUAUGAACGGUUAUAUGUGUCGGCCCGUGUAUGUGGAGCAUGAAGAUAAUAGUAGUGAUCAACCGUUGUGGCCGGGUAGUUUUCAUCGUGCUGACGUGGCAUCCCGUCCGAUGUUUGCGGAGAAUAUUCCGGUAUUGGAGAGAGAUUCUACUCCGGAUCUCACGCUUAGACUUUGACGAAAGAACUUGGUACGAUUUCGAACGUGUUUAUUAGUUUUAGCGUUUGUGGGAUUUUGCACAAUCGACUUUGUGAUGUAAAUAUUCGCUUCGUUUUUUUUUCUUUUUUAUUUAUUUUUCGGUUAAUCUCUGUUUUAUCAAUAGGCCUCGUUUGUUUACUCAUCAGCAAUACAAGAAUUGACUACUGUACGUAUAGCUACAUAAAUUCACACACUUUUAGUCGGAUCCGAUU